AUGGCUGGGCGAACGCUGCGCGAGCUCGUGCAAUCGCUACCGCAAGAGCUGUCCGACCACAUCUACGAAGAGACCUUCACCUGGACUCGCACUACCAAGACCGUCACCGUCGAGUUUCAAAAGGACUUCGAUCACCCCGCACCCUCGCUUCUCCUGGUCAACCGCGACAUUCGCUCUCGCCUGCUGUACGCCUUCUUCACCAACAGCGAGUUCCUACUACCUCCAUCCCCCUCGGAAUUUGCGCCACACCACAACGCAGUCCUCUCGUUCCUUCGACAUCAGCCGUCAUAUCUGCAAUUUGCUCUUCGAACAGGCACAUUCUCGAGAGUCGCUCUGCAACGCUUCUACUCUUUUGCGCGGGCACUCCAAGCGAGAGGCUUGAUCGUCGCUUGGGAACUUGAUGCGGAUGAGGACGACUUGGUGGACAGAAAUUGGGGAUAUGAAGUGAGGUUUUACUGCUAGAUAGAGCAGGCCUGCGUUGACUGAUGGGAUACAAAAUGCUUUUGUUGGAGCAUGCCGAUGCUAUUCUAACCCAGCGUGGUGGAACGGAACUUCCAACCGUCUGGCAAACAAGAAGGGAAAAAACGUUACCCAAACCUCGGAUACUUGCUCUAAUAUUCUAUACCCUAUUAGCGCUACCUGGAAACUUUGGGUUCUAUACCUCGGACAGCGUGCGAUGAGGUGUAGCGGGCAAUGCUUAGAAAGAAGCUUGUAAUGCCGGGCGUG